UACUACACAGUAAGUACAGAGUAGAGGAGUGUGUUAGUGUCUCCUCAUCGCCGUGUUUCACACACACGCGGGUGUAUUAGUGAGCGUCAUGUGGAGGAGCGGGAUGGUCGCGUGUUGGUGGAUGUGUGUGGAGGUGUGUGAGGGUGGAGGCCUGGUGGAUGCAGUGAGUGAGCGGAGAGCGGAGGUCAGUCACCGGAGAGACAGCGCCAACCUGCUGACUGCUGCAGUGCUGCUGAGUCUCACCAUCAUCACCGUGUGGAGCUUCAAACACAGGAGACUCAUCUGUCUGCAUGAGACCGGACUGGCUAUGAUCUACGGGUCGUUAGUGGGUGUGGUUCUGCGCUAUGGUGUACACACUGAGCAGGAGGUCAGUAAUGUUACAGCUGUGUGUGUGUUGGAGUCGAAUCCUGUCUCUCUGGUGGUGAAUGUCAGCGGGCUCUUUUAUGAAUACACACUGAGGGGAGAAGUGAAUGAGGGAGACCACACCCUCAACAACGAGAUCCUCCGCAAGGCCACUUUUGACCCAGAGGUGUUUUUUAACAUUUUACUGCCACCCAUCAUUUUUUAUGCUGGUUACAGCCUCAAACAGAAACACUUCUUUAGAAAUCUGGGCUCCAUCUUGUCCUAUGCUUUUGUUGGUACUCUGAUUGCUUCAUUUGUCACUGGGUUGGUGAUGUUUGGCUGUGUGGUGGUGAUGAGUAAACUCGGUCAGCUCGCUGGUGAUUUCUUCUUCACUGACUGUCUGUUCUUUGGAGCGAUCCUGUCAGCCACAGACCCUGUGACAGUUCUGGCCAUCUUUAAUGAGCUGAAGGUGGAUGUGGAUCUUUAUGCACUGCUGUUUGGAGAGAGUGUGUUGAAUGACGCUGUGGCCAUUGUCCUCUCAUCUUCCAUUGUAGCGUAUCAGCCAUCUGGUCACUCAUUUGAAGGCGAGGCCAUGUUGGCGUCUCUCGGAUUGUUUCUCGGGGUGUUUAGUGGCUCCUUCCUGCUCGGUUCUGCUGCAGGAGUCCUGACUGCUCUGCUGACGAAGUUUACUCGGCUGAGGGAUUUCCCCUUGUUAGAGACGGCUUUGUUCUUCCUCAUGUCUUGGAGCACCUUCCUAUUGGCUGAGGCCUGCAGCAUCACCGGUGUGGUUGCUGUGCUAUUUUGUGGCAUCACUCAGGCUCACUACACCUACAACAACCUGUCUACAGAGUCCAAAAAACGCACAAAGGAGUUGUUCGAGUUAUUGAACUUUCUGGCUGAGAAUUUUAUUUUCUCCUACAUGGGUGUGACUCUGUUCUCCUUUCAGCAUCACGUCUUCAACAUCGUUUUCAUCUCUGGUGCCUUUCUGGCGAUAUUUCUAGGAAGAGUUGCGAAUAUUUAUCCUCUUUCCUUCCUGCUCAAUCUGGGCCGAGCGAAUCCCAUCAGCUCUCGCUUCCAGCACGUCAUGAUGUUUGCAGGGCUGAGAGGAGCGAUGACCUUUGCCCUUUCGAUUCGGGACACAAGCACCUAUGCGAGGAAGAUGAUGUUCUCCACCACACUUAUCAUCGUCUUCUUCACGGUGUGGGUGUGUGGGGGCGGGACCACGCCCAUGCUCACCUUAAUGAACAUCAGGGUUGGUGUUGAGGAAGAUCAGGAGAACUUGGUGGAGGAGUGUGUGAGUGAUCGUGACUCUGCGUGGCCUUUCAGACUGUGGUACAAAUUUGACAACAAUUAUCUGAAGCCUCUGCUCACACACACUGAUCACCCGCUCACACACUCCUGCUGCACCCCACUGGCAAAGUGCCUCAACACUCAGCACACAGAGCAGGAUGAUGAUGAUGAUGAUUCGGAGUUGAUCCUCAAUAACAGAUCCACAGUCCUGUACAGUGAACUCUGUGACCUCAGUGACCUCAGUGACCUCAGUGACCACAGUGACCUCAGUGACCCCUCUAUCUCGUCCAAUCAGCACACGACUCACUCAUCCUGAUGAGCCCUGGACCUCUACACUUCCUCCUCCUCCAUCCUCAUGCAGUCAUUCAGAGCUGCUCAGAUACAGACUCUAGCACCGUAAUACUGUAGACUGUCUCAGUGCACUUGUGCACUAGCCCUAAGUAGUGCACACUCACAUCAUAAUCACUCUUUCCCUCCUGGACAUACAGGGCACUAGAAGAGAUGUGUGUACUGUAGUGCACUCUGUAUCUGAUGAGUGAGCUUUAGAGGCAUCCAAAUAGGACACAGCCCAUUUGUGCUCAUAUUAGUUUUAAUUCAGCUCCUAUAAAAGUAAAAGUGCACUAAGUUAUGUGUGAAAA